AGAUAACAAUUAUAACUUCCUGUUUCGUAUUCGUUGAUAAUGAGGCGAAUUUAAAUGGAUUAGUUAACAAAUACUCACUGACGAAUCAUUAAAACGUCUUUGUCGUUAUAAAGGUGCAUACACAUGAACAGAUAUGAACAAAGAAAAAAGAGACUACUUGGAAGUUGUCUCAAAGCACUUGUUUGUGGUGCUGGAUAUCGCGGGAGCCUCCGAAUAUGUACGAAGCAUACGCCAGCAUUGCGCUCUAGUGACCGAUGUUAUAACUGGCAUAUCGAACAUCUUAGAAUCCAACGAUGUUGCCGUAUAUACAUUUGGCAGCACUUCAGAAGGCACAACGACACCAGGAAUGAAUUCAGACAGAGAUACUAUGAUAUGCAUUCAGACCUUCCCAGUGUUUGAAAACAAAGACGAUAUAUCAUUUGAUGCACUUCUACAGAAAUAUGAUAACGGCGAAGACGAUUUUAGUUACUUGUUAAUGUUAACAGACGACCUCACGCCUGUAGGGUUCUGUAAGCUCGAGUUUUUCCCUGCAGGGGAAGCACACCUCGAAAAUCCAAACGUUGUCCUAAAUUUGGACAUCGAUCUAAACGGAAGGAAUGUAAUCUCGAAUAGUUGUUUGGUAGAAGCUAUGACCCAGGAUGAAAGAAACGGACCCGCUGCAACGACUUUUAAACGACCUGGCUUUACUGAUCUUGACUACAUACCGUCAUUCCAUUGCACAAAGUGGCCCUCGGCGGCUGAAGAAUUUUUGACAAGGAAGCGAAAGUAUGGGUUUCCAAGUACAAACAUGGCUGGAGAUUUCGGUGCGUUCGGGAUAUUUUUUGUGCCCUCCGGGCAUUCUGAAUCCUCAGAAAAACAUCUGCAGUGGCGAUUGUCGUUUUCCUUACAGGAACGCAAAAUCAUGCUGAAUUUAAAUCCAACACAGUUUAAAUGCUACAUUCUUUUGAAAAUGAUGAAGGAAGAUUUUGUCAAACCGGUAGUUCAAGGCAAGUCACUCACCUCAUACCAGUGCAAGACAAGCAUCUUUUGGUCAAUAGAGAAAACUCACCCAUCGAUUUGGACAGAAAGAAAUAUAGUUGCUUGUUUUGUGAAAUGUGUGCAUCUGCUUAAGAUCUGGAUUCGAAACGGUUUCGUUCCGAACUUUUUUAUGCCACCUGUCAGCAUUUGGAAAGGAAACAGAGAAGUACGCAGUAUGGUAACUGCUGUUCUUGACAAAGUCUUGAAUGAGCCAAUCAAAUAUUUAAUGGAGCUUAAGUGUGACCGAGUGGGCAGUUUGCUUCGAGAUGCGGUAAAACCGUGCGUCUUAGAAUGCGAAGGAUACGACAAUGGCGUUGAUGACAAAAGAAACUACUUUAAUGAAGCGAAACGAGAUCUACAUUUAGCUGUUCACAGACAACACUAUUUGUUUAUUGGCGAAACAGCAGACAUGGCAAUGAAGAUCUUGCAGCACACGAGGAAGGAUGAUACGCUUGACAGAUGCAUUCAUUCUCACGGACGUUUAACUGAAUCCUUGCAGGACAGCGAAAAGAUCUCCAUAUUAACCGCCCAGUCUCUAAAUACCACCAAGCUAGCAACAGGUUAUCUCUUGCCAUUCAUGUAUACGAGCUAUGGGUCGCAACUGGCAUCAAAAGCAGUUUUAGAAUCAAAUGUUGAACUUCAAGAUCAAGCACUCGACUAUUUUAGAGCUGGCCAACGAUCAGAAAAACUUUCCGGCACAGUCAAACUGGCAACAGCUCUGUAUGCGUUUGGAAAGUACGAAGAAUGUCUACAUAUAUUGAAGGAAUUAGAAGCGAGUGUAGGGACGGACUUAAUAACAAUAGGUAUGUGCGGCAGAAAAGAGAGUGAUUUCACUCACACGAUCUUGGUAAAUGAAGAAUUGGUGAACAAAAUAAUCGACAAGAAAAUGUCUUCGUCUGAUGUAUUGUUGAACAAUGCAUGCACAUGUGUUGUGUUUCUGCCGUCUGAGCUUCCUAUAAUUCCGAAAGACCUUCAGUACGAAAUGUUCCGAUCGUACUUUGCAGAGAGUGAUAUUGAUCCAGGGGUCGAUUACUGGUUCGACUGUGUCGCUGUAGACUCCAAAGUUCUUCUGUACUACAUGUUGUAUCUAGUCCACAAGAAACUGGGAAACAACAGAGAAAAGAAUGUGGCAAUGUUGUUUCUUAAUGCACUUAUCGACGAUGACUUCAAUUUAUGUCACUUCGACACUGGGUACAAUUUAGUGGGAUGUAUUCUUCGAGACAUGGGUCAUCUUGGCGCUGCUUUGUCAUCAUUUUGGAAUGCAUGGGUUAAAAGACCUGACCACAACGCGGCCAAAUGGCAUGCGGUUAUCACAUGUUUUAUGUACUAUAGACUAAUGGCAGACGAAACUUUCACCUUAAAUCAAGAAUUGUUUGAUUUGGACAACAACGAUGACAACACGUGUGUGAAGAAUCCCUUGAACGAAAGUUGAGAUGCCAUGACAGUGAUCUACACUAGAUGCAAUGACAACUGCUGAUUAUUUAACAUUUCUGUACUUGGGGGGGAACGCACUUAUAGUUUUACACAUGUAUGCUGCUUCCGAUAUCAACAUUCUGAACAAACACAUCAUCAUCAUCAUUAAUCCCUUUACCGGUUUUGCCAUUGGGGGAAAUGAAAUAAUCAUCCACUCAGGUCUGUUGUGUGCUGCUGAGAGUAAUUCAUCCAUGGUAAGGGAUGUCUACUCUUUUACAUUGUCCAUCCAGCAUUGCCUCUGACGGCCUUGACAUCGACCUCCAUCUAGCGUGUCCUGGAGAACAGUCUUGCACAGAGAGUCGUGCCUGGUGACGUGUCCAAACCAAGCCAGCUUUCGUCGUUUGAUGGUCGCCAGUAGGGUCUCUUGUGUACUCGUUGGUCUUGUGCUCCUAGUCUUCUGCAACAUUUAUGUGCAAAUGCCUGUAUCCUACGUUCUCUGUCCGCGUGAAGGUUCCAGAUCUCGCAGCCGUAGAGUAGGAUGGAGACUAGGAGGGACUUGUAGAGUCUUUACUUUGUUAGUUUUUUUUAUAUUUUUUUUAUUCAAUAUAAGACAUACAUUGCAUACAUGCAUAUGAUCACACACAAAAAGUUAUAUCAUGUAGCAGCAAUAAUGUUCAAACAUGUUAUACAAGAUAUGCUAAUAUAUAGGUUUUUUUAACAAAAAAAAAUCUACAGAAUAGUUAUGAAUAUGAAUGAGUUGCAUAAAGUUGGUAGAAAGCAUUCUGGACUUGUUAUAAAAGUUUAAUGUGUUGCCAUAUUUGUUCAUAUAUAUGAAGUUUAUCAUUGUUAAGGGCAAUUUGUUUUUCAAUUUGGAUCUUAAGUUUUAAAUAGUUUAUAAAACAGUUGAAAGUAGGUAUUUGUUUUUUGUAUUUGAUGCUGAAUAUAAAAUAUUUCAUUAAUAUGAUAAUGUGGUUCACAGUGUUAUUAAUUUCUGGUAUUUUAAAAGUAUUAACACAGAAACUGAUAUUUAAGAGAGACAGUUUUAAUUGUAAUUGUUGUUUCCCUAGAAAUGUUGUUAACUGGUUCCAUAGAAUUUGAAUAUGUUUGCACUCCCAGAAAAGGUGUUCUAUUGUUUCAAUGUGUUCGCUGCAUAUAUCACAUACAUUUGUGUUGGAUAGGUUGCACUUGAAAAGAUAUUUAUUUGUAGCUAUGAUUCUAUGGACAUAUUUAUAUUGAAAAUUUCUCAGUGUGCUAUCUAUAGUUGUUUAAUAUGGCAUGAUAAAUAUUUGUUUCCAAUUAAAUUCUUGUUCUCGAAGAAGGCUUUGCCAUUUAUUUUGAAUCUUGGAGUUUUCUGCUGGGUGUUUAAUUUGUAGUUUGUAAAAUAUUUUGUUUGUUUUGUUUUGUUUUGCAAGUAUGUUUUCCGUGAAUGAUGUUUGAGUACAUGGUGUGUUAUUUGUAUUAAUUGUAGAUUUAAUAUGUAUGGGUAUGCUUUUAAUUAAUGUGUAAUACAUUAGGAAAUUGCUUGAAGGUAUUUCGUAUAUAUAAUAAAUAUUCUCAGAAGAAUCGAAGUCCUUUAUUCUGUAAUCGUACAAUUGGUCGACAUAUUUAAUGUUUUAUUCAAACCACUGUUUAUAGAAAAAAAUCUUAUUGUUUGAAGUAAUGUCUUUAUUGUUCCAUAAAAUAGUUUUACUGGUGAUUAGGGUUUCUAGAUUAUGAGUAACAUAAGUUCAUGCCGAUAAAACACUAGAUAGAAAUAUGUUUUUGUUUGCAAUUUCACGCAAAAUGGUAUUGUUGAUGUUACAUUCAAAAAGUAAGGAGUAACCAUAUUUUUUUAGAAUUUUCUGGUAGAAUAAUUUCCAUUUACUCGUAUUGAUAUUAUCUAGGUAUCUUUAACCCAGCUGCCUUUGAUUGCAUUCAAGAAUGAGUCGAUGUCUGUUAAUUGGAUACCUCCAUUUUCUACAGAUUGAAUUAACUGAGUUCGUUUUAUUUUAUCAGGCUUACCGUCCCAUAUGAAAUUAAAUCUUGCUGAUUUUAUAUCAUUAAUAAUAUCAUUUGGUGGAUUUGGGAGAACUGUUAGUGUAAAAAUUAAUUUAGGGAGUGCAAAUGUUUUUAAAACGGUGUUUUUCCGAUAAGUGUAAGUUUACGGUGUUGCCAUGAUUUUAAACAAUUUUUAAAUUUUUGUAGUUAAGGAAAUAUGUUUUUAAGAAUUGUUUCAUUUUCAUUGUUUGUAAAGGUUAUUCCUAACGUUGUUGCUUCAUCUGAUGUCCAGAUGAAUUUCAUUUCUUUUUUAAGAUGCAUAUUACUUUGUUUAAAUUUACCUACUCUUAGCACAGUACAUUUACUUUGUUUAAUUUAAGACCCGAUGCCAUUCCAAAAAGGAUAAGCGAUUCUAUAAGAUUAUUGAAUGAGUCACUACUGUCGUUUAAAAAAUAUGUUGCAUCGUCAGCAAAUAGGGACUGUUUAAUUUCUUCGUCAGGUUCUAGCGAUAUUCCUUUUAUAUGUUCAUUUGAUUGGAUAUAGUGUGAUAGAUACUCGAUGCAUAUAAUAAAUAGUGAGGAUGAAAGUGGACAUCCUUGUCUUACCCCUCGUUCGAUGUUAAAACUGUUUUAGAAAAAGCCAUUGUUAAUUAUUAUACUGUUAAUAUCGGUAUAAAAUAGUUUAACCCAUUUAAUAAGACUUUCACCGAAAUUCAUAUUUUCUAAACAAAAGGACAUGAACGAAUGGUCUAGUGAAUAGAAAGCCUUUCGAAGUCUGCAAAGAAAAUGAGACCAGAAUUGUUUGGUUGGUUGAAAUAAUUUAUGCAUUCUUGUAUUAGACGUACGUUUUCACCAAUGUAACGUCCUUUAAUGAAACCAGAUUGAGAUCUUAAAAUAAUUGAUGAUAAUAUUUUUUUAAUUCCCUUUGAUAUACUUUAAGUUGCAAUUUUAUAAUCAUUGUUAAGUAAACUAAUCGGGCGCCAGUUUGAUAAGGAUUCUAAGUUUUUUUCCAGAUUUGGAAUGAGUGAUAUUAUUCCUUGUUUUUGUAGCGUAGUUAAGUUUUCGUUGUUAAAUGAAUAGUUAAGUGAAUUAAUUAAAUGUAUUUUAAUAUCAUUCCAGAAUAUUUUAUAAAAUGCCAUCAGACUCUAGACUUUUGUGAUUUUGCAUUUCUUUUAGAGCUAAUCCACAUUCAUAUUCAUUAAGUAAUCCGUCGCACAGUAUUUUUUCCUCUUCAUUUAAAGCAUGAUGUGUAUUUUUAAAAAGGGUGUUAUUUUCAACAUGUUUUCGUUUAUAGAGGGUUUCGAAAAAUAAACGUUGUUCUUCUAGUAUUUUGUUCUGUUUUUUAUAUCUUCGCCAUUGACUACUAAUUUGUGUAUAGUUUUUUGUUCACUUCUGCGUUUGUUCGAUGUUUGCGAAGUAUUUUGUAUUUUUUUCAUUAUGUUCAACAUGCUGUGCACGUUCUCGUAGUAGUAUUCCAUUGAGACGUGUAUGAUAAAAAAAAUGUAAUACUUGUUUUUUUUAUGUUAUUUCAUUUUCAAUGUCUUUGGUGUCGUUUGUGUUUGUCUCAUGCAAUUGUUUUUCAAGUGUUUCAAUGAUUUUAAUGGUUUCAGUUUCAAGUUUGUGUGCUUUUUUUUGUUUAAAUGAUGUGUAUCUAAUUGUUGUGUUACGUAUAUUUCCUUUAAUUACUUCCCAUAAGUUGUUUGGGUUCGCAUCUUUAUUCUUUUGAACUGUAUUGAAUAUUUCUUGUUUUAUUUGUGUUUGAUAUUCUGUAUCUAAUAAGAUGCUGUUAUUAAUUUUAAAGUAUCCUGGGCCUCUUUCAGGUUGUAUUUUGUGCAGUUUAAGUUCAACUAGAGAGUGGUCAGUCAUAAAUCCUGGUUUAAUGUUACAUGUUUCAAUAAUGUUGCAAAGUGACUGAUAUAUUAAAAAAUAGUCUAAUCUACAAAAUAGUGUUGGUUUUUUGUUUGAGUGCCAGGUGUAUUUGCUUUCGUUGGGAUUAACUGUGCGCUAUAUGUCUAUCAUAUUGUAGUUUUCAAGUAUGUUAUCUAAAAUGUUUCUAUUUUUAGGAUGAGUAUAAAGGUUUCCCUUUCUUUUAUCUAAUAAUGGGUUAAGAACAGUAUUGAAAUCACCACCGACUAUAAUGUUUUUAUCUUGAUUAUUAAUUAUAAAGGAUUGUAAUGUUUCGUAAUUAGUCGGAUCAUCUAUGUUAGGGCCGUAAAUGUUGAUUAAUGUUAAUUGUGUUUCGUGUAUUUUGAUAUCUAUACUUGCUUGUCUGCCAAUUAUUAUUUCAUUAAAGUUAUCGACUGUGA